GCGAAGACAGAAGGCAAGACCGAUACAUUCGCGUUCGACGAAUCUCUCCACAUCCUGCCGAGUCCUCCAAAUCCAACGAAUCCAACGAUUCGGGGCAAGGAACAAAAGCGCCAAACAACACAGGAUCCUUACGGCACGAUUGGUGCACAAAAUCAAGCCACAAAUUACAMGGCCGAAUACAAUACGAAAUACGAACAAAGCCUUAAGGACAACAAACGCACACACAAACAGCACCCAAAAUGACGACGACGAGAACGACGAGAACAACGACAGCGACGACAGAAAGGGCGGCAGCGACGAUACGAAGGCCCGGGGGGAAGACACCGUCCUCCCUGGCGUUCCUCGCCGCGGGCCUCUGGAUUUUCUCGGCCGCAACGUUGGUGCUCGCGGGAGCAGCCACAACGACAGAGAACCCGAGCGAAAAGGCCGUGCCUACCUUUACCUUUGAAGACCUCAGGCAGAUUUCCAAACACGGUGCGAGCGCGGGGGCAGGCGGCAGCGAUGGCGACAGCGACAGCAGAAACCACCACACCCGAAUCGAGGAGUUCCGGCGGACCCUCUCGACGACCGGCCUGCUGGCCGUUCGCCUGGACGGGGAGACCGGUGCCGGUGUUGCAGUUGCAGAAAGCUACUCUUCGGACCGGAGGGCGGCCCUCGACGGCCUCUGCUCCUGCGUCGACCACCCCGGCUUUCUGGGGCUCGACCAGACCCACUCCAUGGUCCUGGAUUCCUCGUCCACCGUCCGGACCAGCGUCGCCACGGCCACGGCCGGAAAGGACCACCCCCUGCCGCUCCCGGCCGGCCUGGAAGACGCCUGCGGGCAAGACGUCCUCGGUGCCAUGGAGGGCCUCCGGGACGCCCUCUCCUCCGUCUCGGGGGCCUUUGCGGAAGCCCUGGACGGGGCCCUCGGAACMGGCUUUGGCCGCCACGGCCACGGCCAWCGACCGCUCCUCCGGACCGAGGACGGGAAGUCCUACCGGUCGGUCUCGGAGAUUGUCCGCUCGGCCAACCACCUGGAGCAUUUCCACGUGUACACGCGCGAGCCCACCGGAGGGGGCAACGACGACAGCAACGACAGCGACAACCAGUUUAGCAGCAGCAGCUACAGCAGCUACAACAACCACGACGACGACGACGACGACGACGGAAGCCUCGCCUGGGACUGGCACACCGACGCGGGGCUCUUUCUGGUCUUUGUACCGGCCUGGGACUGCUCGGGCACCGGCGGCGGCGACGACGGCGACGACCGGUCCUUCUACUACAGAGAGGGGGGAGCCCCGGUCCGGGCCCGCUUCGACGGGGGCCGGACCGCCGUGGUCAUGCUCGGCCAGGGGGCCCAGGACUGGCUGGACCUUCCGGUGCCUCUUGGCCAGAACCGUGGGCCCGUCCUGAAAGCCACGAGCCACUCGGUCCGGUGGCAGCAGCAGCAGAAGCAACAACAACACCAACACCAACAACAGGAGCAGCAACGAAGGGCCUGGUACGGAAUGAUGAACCUGGUCCCCGAAAAUUCCCUGGUCUACGGGGGGAAAACCCUCGCGGAAACCAAGCGCUCCCUGAGCCUGUCCCACCAGAGCAAGCAGGGCUUCGAGCCGCCGCCSUUUCCGCGGUCCGGGAUCUCCCUGGGGUGCGGGGACCACCUUCCUUCCGGCAAGAGCGGUGCCCGGGGGGAUCGAGACGACAACAACAACGACAACGACGAAUCGCCGUCGUCCCUCCUUCUGGCCCCCUCCCGGCGGAGGCUCUCGAUGCAGGACGCCUCCAUGUGCAACAACGCCACCAACUUUUUUUGCUGGAUGACCUGCAUGGAGAUUCCCAAGGUCGACCAGGCCGGCCUCUACGCCGAGGCCGGCUAUUCCCUCUACUGCGUCGACGAGGCCACCCUGGCCUCGAGCGGGGACAACGUCACCAAGGCCCACGAGGCCUGCCUCGGCGUCCACAACGCGGCCUGCAAGGGGGCCUGGGAGAAGACGGUCCCCGGACUCCCGGGRGCGCCCGUCGAAACCUCGGGAGGCGGGGCYSUGACGGAGGAGCCCUUUUGCUACGGCGGGACCACCAUGUACAUGGARGGCUUCCACUGGAUCCAGACCACCACCUGCGUCGUCUGGCUCUUCCCCAGCUGGAUCCUGGACACCGCCGGAAAGUACGCGGCGGCGGUGAUCGGGACCGUCYUCCUGGCCGUCGGCCUGGAAAAGUUCAUCCAGCAGCGCCGCAAGACCAUGGCGUACAUGGAGGCCGGGCCGCGGCGCCUGGUGGUCUCGGCCGUCUUUUACGGAAUCCAGCUGACGAUCGGCUACCUCCUCAUGCUGGUCAUUAUGAUCUAUUCCGUYKCCCUCUUUGCGUCGGUCAUCCUGGGCCUGGUCCUCGGGCACGUCAUGUUCAACGCCAAGGACGCGAUCUGGCCCAUCCACGAGCUCCCCGGCUUUGACGACCUCGGGUCCGACUCGGGCAUCGACGACGAGAGCGAGUCCGGGGUCAACCUCUCCGAGAUGGACUCCCCGCUCGGCUCCCCCAAGGCCGCAAAGGCUGCCGGGAGCGCCAGCGGCAGCGCCACCACGGCCUGCGGGAACUCCCGGAGCUGCACCAGCGGCAGAAGCAGCAGCGGCGGCGGGAGCUUUUGCAACGCCAGCACCAGCAUCAGCACCCGGUUCUCCGGGGCGUCCGGCGGGGAGGAGCGGGCCAUGCGGGAGGGAUCCACGCACUGCCAGGACUUUGACUGCGACACCAUCCACCAGGAGCAAGAGCAGCAGCAGCAGCAACAACAACACCACCAACACCAACACCAACACCACCAGCGGCACCAUGCCCCCAACUACGAGUACGAGUACUACGGCUCGAUGGGCGAGACGCGGGUCGGGAGCCUUGCGGCGGGCAAGGCCUCUCCUCCUCCACCGGCGGCGCCCGGCAGCAAGAAGAAGAAGAAACCCCUCCACCACGGCGUCCCGGAGGGGAGCACCCCUUGUUGCCAGCACGGUUUAUAACACGGUGCGAGCAACCCCGUGCCGUGCCGUGCCGCAAAAGUAAAGUAGUUCGAGCUAA